UAUAUUGAACAUCGAAAUUACAAGCCGAUAGCCGAGUUGGAACUACGUAAGCUUGAUACAAAAUGGGAAAACGACCGAACGAAACAGAAGAAGAGCGGGAUGCAAGAAGGGCAAAGAAAAAAGCAAAAAAAGAGGCCAAGAAGAAGCUCGACGACGAAAACGAAAAGAAGAGAGAUAAAAAGUCUGACAAGAAGAAAGAUAAAAAGUCGGAAAAGAAGAAGAAAAAGAAGGAAAAGUCCGAUGCCGAAAAACGCAAUGGGUCAAGCGAUGUUGCCACCAAUGCUACCGGGAGUGUUGACCAGGAAUCAAUCACUGCCAUUACUAGCUGGGACACGUUUGAGGAAACUCCGUUCGAUAAGCCCAUCAAAUCCGCGCUCUCGGCCGCUGGAUUCCAAAAUCCGAGUCCGGUUCAAGCAAAGGCUUGGCCGGUGGCSAUUUCCGGAAAGGACRUCGUUGCAGUAGCCAAGACAGGGUCUGGAAAAACACUCGGGUUUUUGUUGCCGAUUUUUCACCGAAUAUCCACGAGGGACCUUCCCAAGGGAGCAGAAGCCGAAGUAAUCUUUGGUCGCAGUCACACGCCAUCACCGGUCGGGCUCGUUGUAUCACCAACCCGCGAACUGGCCAUGCAGAUACACAAGGAGUGCGUCAAGUUCGGGUCUUCGAUCGGGAUAUCCUCGGCCUGUUUGUACGGUGGUACCAGCGCCAGCGAACAGAUCCAGGAGCUGCGCAAGCUCUCGCCCCAGAUCAUUAUCGCCACGCCCGGCCGUCUCUGCGACCUCCUCGACCGGAAGCCCUCGUGUCUGAGCCUAAAGUCGUGUCAUUUCGUAGUCCUGGACGAAGCCGAUCGGAUGCUGGACAUGGGAUUCGAACCGCAGCUCAAGCAAAUCACAGCGGCCCUGCCACCCAUAUCGGAACGGCAGACCCUCUUUUUCACGGCCACGUGGCCCAAGGCCGUCCGAAAGGUUGCCGCUAAAUUCCUACGGGACAAGGACGAGACGAUGGAAAUAUUCCUCGGCGAGGGAACGGCCGACGGUGAGUUGGUUGCCAACAAAUCCAUCAAGCAGACAUUCGUCGAAGCCCAGGACGACGUCAAGGACCGGAAACUGUACGAUCUGCUCUGUUCGCUGGACCUGGAAAAGGCCUCCGUAGUAAUUUUUGCCAACACGAAACGCCGGGUCGACUACGUCGCCAAGCUGUUCUGGCAGGAAGGCUUUUCGACCUGCGCCGUCCACGGAGACAAGGCCCAGCACGAACGAGACGCUUCCCUGCGGAAAUUCGUCUCCAAGGAAUGCACCAUACUGGUGGCCACCGAUGUCGCGGCGAGGGGCCUCGACAUCAAGGGCGUGACGCACGUCGUCAACUUCGACAUGGCGCGGGACUGCGACUCGUACAUCCACCGCAUCGGACGAACGGGCCGCGCGGGGGAGAUGGGGGAGGCCGUCACCUUCUGGAACCCCGAUUACGACAAGCCGUGUUCCCCGGCGCUGGUAAAAAUUGCGAAAGACGCGGGUCAAGAAGUUCCCGCCUUUCUGCAACAAUACGAAAAGGGAAAGGCGAGCAAGCAGUGGAAGGUGGCGGAUGCCGCCAAGGCGAAGACACUGCUGGCCGGUCGGUAAAAAGUUCUGUCCAUAGUGCGACG